AACCGAGCACCUACUACCUUAAACGCGAUUACUAGAUUUGCUAGUUUUUAUCCAAAAACAGAAAUUCCCGUUCACGUCUUGCAUAAGAGUAAGUCUUGACUCACAGAUUCCGCGAACUCGUCAUCGAGUAGCUCGACCCCGCCUUUGAUCCGCUUGUGGACCUCAAGCACGCCAUUGAUAUUAAGUACAUGCAACAAUUGCCGCACAAAUUCCCAUUCCCGGCUUGGGGGUUUUGGUUAGCAGCCGUUGAGUUCACUAUGGUAUGAUAUCUACACGGAAGCUCCUCGGCGUCUCCACUACCUUAUGAACAACCGGAAAGCAUGUCACAACUGCCGACGUCGCCGGCUCCGGUGUGACCGUUCCGUCCCGGUGUGCCACAAGUGCACCAAGACGGGGCAAACAUGUCUCGGCUACGGCAAACUCUACCGGUGGGCUGAGCCAGCGGCCCCUUUUAAUAGGCAAUGCCAAAGUCGAAGCGCGGCUGUGACACGUCUCCGGGACUCUGAAUUUGUACUUCCAGACAGGCGCCACGGUAGACAGCUAUGUAAUCGCGAUCAACUGGAUGAUCGUCACCGGCAAACAUUGAAGUUAGCCUUAGCCGAUCCGUUGCUACAGGAUCUGAGUAGCUCAUCGAGGCACUAUCUGUCCUAUUUUGCUUCGCGAUUCUGCCAAGACCUUGUCGUCUACGAUUCGGGGACCAAUCCUUUUCGAGAGCUGAUUCCUAUGUCUCAAGCAUAUUCUUACCUACAGCACAUUAUCAUCGGCGUGUCAGCAGUUCACUAUUACAACGCAGUUCGGUACGCUACAUCUGAACACUCACCUGUAGCGCAGAGCGCCUUGAUAGAUGCUCUCCACGCCCGCCAAAUAGCGAUUCGGGAUCUCAUAGCAUUAAUCCAAGAAAGACGUGACAGUAACCGCCAUGCUCAAACACAGGCAGACCAGGAUGCCUUGCUCGCCACCGUCCUCUUCUUUGUCAACUUCACACUGAUUGACUCCGGCAAGGACGGCUGGAAAGAUCAUCUAACAGUAGCGGGAAGACUAUUGUCCAUACACGGCCCUGCCACAAUGCCAUUCGCACUGCCGGAAAAGGAUGAACACCAAUCACAACUGAAACCCCCCUCACCAUCUUCGUUAGAUCUAGCUUCCCUUUUGGUCCCAACUAUAUCUCAGAAACCAUUAGAGGUAGCUUCUGAACCACUGACUGCUUGCGACUAUGUCACUUCCGACACGGUAGCAUAUUUCAUAUGGAAUAGCGCCCUACAAUCCUUAGUGUCGUCUUCACCUUCAUUAUUGCCGUCAUUCCAUACUCUGGACUACGCAGCACAGCCCUUGACAUGGGAUGUAUCAAAAGUGAUGAGGAUUCUCUCACGAACAGAAGCAAACAGCUACCAUAGCUGCCCUGCCUUCCUUAUGGGUAUCGUUCUGCGGGUAGCUCGUAUAACACAGUACCUCAAAACCAGCAAUGAUCUCCCCCCAGCCGCAACUCGCAUGGACGCCUAUCUACAGCUGUUGCAAGAAGCAGAGUCGUUCGAUAUCCAAGCGUGGGCAGCGGGAGUCUCAGCGCGUAUGUUCAGCAUUCUCGGUGCCGUGAACGAGCAUGAACUGCGAUCGCGAUGCCAUAUAGCCGCCACGUAUCGCGCUGCUGUGUGUCUUUACAUCCUGCUCGUUGCGCCGGGGCUUCCGGCUGAGAUACGGCGGCGCACGCGACUAGGCAUUGGAGACCCCGCUUCAUUCCCAUCGCUACCGACGACAGAGGAUCUCGCCGCUACCAUAUUCCAGCAGCUUUCCUUCAUUCCUAAGACCAGUCCCCUGUUCAAAUACACUCUCUGGCCGGUGUUUCUUACGGGCGUGGACGCGGUGACGGAUACGCACAGGUUAUGGGUCGUUGAACGUAUGUGCGCGAUGCGGGACCUGUGCCCCUGGGGCUUCCUCACGUCGGCCAUGGAGACACUUGCAGAGAUUUGGAAGCUGAGAGAUAGCGCCAUAAAAGGUGAUAAUAAGCAUGAGGCAGGCUCACCUGGCGAGAUAACUGAAGCCGAUGAAAUGGAUGACGACGGUAGCGACUGGCUUGCACGACUCCGAGGCUUAAAGAUUGACUGUCUAAUAGUCUAAUCUGAGUUGAUUUGGAAAUUGGGGAAAACAAGAACCGCUAAACCCGUCUUUCAAUAUAACUUCUAUGCAAGUCUAGAGAAGCGUUCACAAUCCAACUAAAGUACCAUGA